CUUUAUGAAGCUUGUGUCUGUGCACUGAAGAAACAAUAUUUACAUCAUGAAAUGUCCGAACAAUGGACGCUGCCUUUUUUAAACAGAUAAUACAUUUUUUUUAAAAAAAAGACAAGGAACUCGUUGAUCAUUAAAUAAUACAUUCGUUUAAUUAAAAGUGGUAUCGAAGAGAUGUACUAAUUAAAACUAAACUUCCUGUUGAUAAUUGUCUAUUACGUUAAAAAGAUAUAUAAUAUUUCGCUCUGUUCAGUUGGGAGACGUUUCAACGGCAUGGCUUCAGUGAAAGUGCCUGAACAAAAGGUUAUACUUUGUGGAGAGUAUGGUGUUGGCAAAAGUUCUCUUUUCCGUCGGUACUCCACAAAUACCUUUGUGACUGCAACAGAUAGGCAGUCAACAUUGGGACUUGAUCAUUUUGACAGAGAAUAUAAAGUAUCUGGAAAACACAUAAAACUACAGUUAUGGGAUACUGGAGGUAUGGAACGUGUUGCAUCAAUCACGUCCAGUUAUUAUAAAUUUGCAGAGGCAGCCAUACUAGUAUUUGCUCUAGAUAAUGCUGCUUCAUUUCAUGUUUUGUCCCAGCAUCUCCUGGAUAUAGUGACAUAUGCAGAAAAUGCAAAGAUAUUCCUGUGUGGCAAUAAAUCAGAUUUGGAAGGUCACACUCCACAAGUUACUGAAAGUGAUAUGGAAAGUUUUUGUGAGCAGUGUCAUAAUCUAAUCAGUGCUACAUACAAAACUUCAUGUAAGACUGGUGAAGGAGUAGAAGAAAUGUUUGCUGAUAUUGCACAUCACUUAGUGCAGGCAAAUAGGUCACGUUUAGAAUUACAGACAAUGGACCAAGAAUCUUUUAAAAUCUCAGCCCCAGAUGAAGCUACAGAACCAUCAUGUCUGUGUUAACAUAUUUUUGCAUGGUUGUGCUCCUUGAACUGAACUGUGAAACACAGUGAAGAUCUCUCUUUAUAUAUCAAGGGAGUUUACUCAUUUAAUUACUGUCUUCCUAGGUAAGAAAUGAAAAGGCUACUUUCAUUUUCAUUGAUUAGCUCAUGGUAAAAUGUAUUCCAAUUAAUGAAACAAUUUAACAUAAAUUUUAUGUAACAUAAUUGAUUAUUAUAUAUAGCAAAAGAUUUUCAUCACUGUUACACUUCUCGACAAUCCAUCCAUUAUAUGUCCUUUAUUUAUGCCAAUAUUUUGUAG